UUUAUUGGCAACUGGAAAAAGAAAAUAUUUGAAAGAAAAACUGAAAAAUAAACAAUAUUUCCUUUCAUUUUAACAUCUCUUUGGACUUUUUGAAGGUACCUUGACAUGCUUCAGUCAGUUCACUUGGUCGGAGAAGAAGAGGAUGAUAUUUAUGGCGGGUUUAACGACUACGAACCCGCCUUCGCAACCGAGAAUUUGGAGGAAGAUGAAGCGUUCCAACAAGCGCUAAAAACAAGCCAUGGACAAAGACCAGGAGUUAAAACGGGAAAGAUGACAGCAGUCGGGGCUAGAGGUAAGGUACCUGGCUCGUCAAUGGGAAGACCAACAACUGGAAUAGCUGCAGACACUUCUCAAGCCCGUCCAAUGACAGCUGUGCGCUCGGUUGGAUAUAGCUCAAGUGGAAACAGAGGUGUUGGAGGACAGUUUGACCCUCUUAAUCAGACAAGGGGUCCUGCCCCACCCUUGGAAGCAAAGGCUGAAGAUAGUCCUGAGGAAAAAGUAAAGCAGCUUGAGAAGAAGGUGAAUGAACUCAUUGAAGAAAGCUGUAUUGCUAAUGACAGAGGUGACUUUGCCCUGGCUCUAGAAAAGGCUAAAGAGGCUGGCCGUAAGGAAAGAUCUUUAUGCCGUCAAAGAGAGCAGACGUCACUAAGUGAGCAAAUGAACCUGGAUCUUACUUACUCUGUGUUGUUCAACCUGGCCAAUCAGUACCACACCAACAAGAUGUUUAAUGAAUCCCUUAAUACCUACCAAGUUAUUGUCAAGAAUAAGAUGUUCAGCAAUGCAGGGCGUUUGAGGGUCAAUAUGGGGAACAUCUACUUUGAGCAGAAGAAAUACCCCCAAGCAAUCAAACACUACAGGAUGGCACUGGACCAGGUGCCAAACACCCACAGGGAAAUGAGGAUCAAGAUCAUGCAGAACAUUGGCGUUGCCUUUGUAAAGAUGGGACAGUACAGUGACGCUGUGACGUCAUUUGAACAUAUCAUGGUAGAGAAAGCUAACUUCCAAACAGGCUUCAAUCUUAUCCUCUGUUACUUUGGCCUUGGAGACCGAGAAAAAAUGAAGAAAACAUUCCAGAAGUUGCUUUCCAUUGACCUUGGCAUUGACGAUGAAGACAAGUACACUGCCACACAGGAUGACAAUCUACAAAUGAUGAUCCUUGAGGUUAUAAGAAAUGAUAAACUCAGAGAGAUUGAGAGAAAAAAGAAGUCUCAAGCAGAGAAGUUCAUCAUGGGUGCUGCCAAGCUCAUCUCGCCGGCCAUUGAAAACAACUUUGCUGCUGGUUUUGACUGGUGCAUUGAUUGUGUCAAGGUUUCUCCUUACAUGGAACUAGCUAAUGAACUAGAAAUCACAAAAGCUGUUACCUAUCUAAAACAAAAGGAUUUGAACAAGGCUGUUGAAUGCUUGAAGGGUUUUGAGAAGAAGGACUCAAAAGUCCAGUCAACAGCAGCCACUGAUUUGUCAUUUUUGUACUUCCUGGAAAAUGAUUUCAACCAAGCUGAUAAGUAUGCAGAGUUGGCAAUGAGCACAGAUCGAUACAAUCCUGCCGCCCUUGUGAAUAAAGGAAACUGUCUGUACGCUCAAGGGGAGUAUGAAAAGGCCAGAGAUUUUUACCAAGAGGCAUACAAUGUAGAAGCAACAUGCACAGAAGCUCUUUAUAACCUGGGUCUUGUGUUCAAGAAGCUUGGUCAGUAUGAAGACGCCCUGGAUUGUUUCACAAAGCUCCAUGCCAUCCUAAGGAACCACCCACAAGUCAUCUACCAGCUGGCUAAUAUAUAUGAGUUACUGGAAGACAUGAAUCAAGCAACAGAAUGGUACAUGCAGUUAGUGUCUGUGGUACCAACAGAUCCCUUUGUGUUGGCCAAACUGGGUGAGAUCUACGAUAACGAGCAGGACAAAUCACAAGCUUUUCAGUAUCACUACGAGUCUUAUCGUUAUUUCCCGUCUAACAUCGAAAUUAUCUCCUGGCUGGGUGCCUACUACAUCGACUCACAGUUCUGUGAGAAAGCAAUUCAUUAUUUUGAACGAGCAGCUGUCAUACAACCAAAUGAAGUAAAAUGGCAGCUAAUGAUUGCCAGUUGUUAUCGGCGUAGCGGAAACUACCAGCAAGCACUAGAGACCUACAAAGCUAUUCACCAGAAGUUCCCAGAGAAUGUGGAAUGUCUGAAGUUUUUGGUUCGAAUUUGUACAGAUCUUGGACUAAAGGAUGUGCAGGAAUACGCACAGAAGCUGAAAAAAGCAGAAAAAGCUCGUGAACUAAAGCAACAGAGAGCCAGUAGUGGUAGCAGUCGCAAGGGUAGUGGGCGUGRCGGGAGCGCUAGUCGACCAGGAGCUGCGGGGUCUCGAAACAGCAGUGCUGGAAGUGAUUCUAGUCGUAUUGGUAGUGGUACAGGAACUAGAGGAAUUGGGAGCGCUGGAAGUAAAGCUGGUCAUGCGAGACCGACUCUUGCGGAUACUGAUGAUUUGUAUAAUGUUGCAAGUCCUAAGGAAGUUGAUGCUACGUACUCAGACCCCCUAGGGGAGGCACCAGCAAGACCAAAGACAGCAGGCCGUCAGCGGCAUCAACCUCAAGAAGAUGAAUUUGGUGACGAAGAACUUGGGGAUGAUCUCCUUCCAGAGUAGAGCCAACCUCAAGAAAUACCAUAUUACAUUAAACGAGUCACCUGUUAUAAAGGAUACACUUAUCUUUAUUGACUUGAUUGGAUUCAUUGAAAUUGAAAUUCCAUGUUAAUUCACAGAAAAAUACAACAGUCUCCCUCCUAAGCAUAUAUUAGGAUUAGUUUCUCUUCAUAUUAUAACUUGUAAGAAAAGUCAUAGAUGUUAGGGAUAUUUAUUAACAACAUGCUUUGCAUUCACUCCCUUGAUGAAGCAUUAAUAAAAUAGUGGAAAAAUAA